AAACCGGGUGGAAACUGGAUCCGGAAGGCAGGGACUGAGCCAGGGUGACAGAGGUCAUUAAGUUCCUGUUGCCUAUCCCAUCCCCCUCCAGGCUGUGGUCAGCUGGCCCCUCCAGGACUGUUGGGACACGUUUGGAGGCAGAGAGGAAGGAGGGUGACUUGCCCCAGCUGGCUCACCUCUGGAACCGCCUCCUUCCUUCCAGGGCCCCUGCCAGGUGGAGGGCUGGAGGGCUUGUCAGCCCCAAGCUCAAGCUGGCUCUUGCUGCUCUUCUGCGUGGCGGGAACCCUACGGCUGCCUGUCCUGUGUCCUGGGCUUCAGGCCCGGGAUCUUUCCUGAUGUGUAGCCUGGGGAGAGAAGGGGGUUCUCCAUUCUUUCACUGCUGGUGAGGCUGCUGGUUCCUCCUUCCCUCUCACUGGGACCAUGGAAAGGGAGAAGAGGGAGAGGAGGCUGUCCCUCCACUCUGUACACCAGCCCCCUAACCUCAAACCCCUGCAGGAGAACUUCCGCUCACACUUUUGCCUGCACCUGCAAGCUCAGAGGGACCAGGAACUGACCCUGAGGGCUUAGCUAGGCCUCUGUCAUCAGAGGGGAAGCCCUAGAAACAGACCGGAGUCUGUAUGUGACGGGAGAAGGACAAGAGAUGUCGUCUGAACUUUUUCCCAGCCCACAAACCCAGCUUCAGGCCACCUGGGCAUGAAGGUGGCCUCAGUCUGGGCAAGAGGUCCCUUGCCAGAGUGAAAAGUCUCCAGCCGUAUUUCCCUCCUUGCCCCAACCAUGCACUAGGCAGCGAUCGUGACUCAUGGUUCUCGGUACAAAGGGAAGACCGCUUCUCUGCUGGGGCCAAGGUGGAACCAGAGCCCCCAUCUCUUCUCUGCACUGCUUGAGUCUUCUGGAAUGGACCUGCCUGCCAGGAAGCCAGGUCAUCCUUGGUCCUGGGCUUGCCUACCCCCCAGGGAGCAGAGGACCCCUGUGCAGCAUCCUGGUGGGACGCUUUGGCUGCAGAGUGACGAUGAUGCUGGGGGGUGCGCUGGCCAGCCUAGGCAUGGUGGCCAGCUCCUUCUGUCGCACCCUUAGCCAGCUCUACCUCACGGCAGGAUUCAUCACAGGCCUGGGCAUGUGCUUCAGCUUUCAGUCGAGCAUCACCGCGAUGGGGUUGUACUUCACCCGCUGGCGGGUGCUGGCCAAUGCACUGGCCUCAGUGGGCGUCUCCCUGGGCAUCAUGCUCUGGCCACUGCUCUCCCGUUACCUUCUGGAGGACCUCGGCUGGAGGGGCACCUUCCUCAUCUUUGGUGGGGUUUUGCUCCACGGCUGCGUCUGCGGGGCCAUCCUGAGGCCCGGGGCCAUCCUGAGGCCCGUGGUCACCAGUGUGGCCCCCAAGAUCAGAGAAGACCUCCCUCCACCUUCCAAGAGACCCACACGUGGCUUUCUGGUAGCCUGUGGUCAGGCCAUCCAGCGCCACCUGGCCUUUGACAUCCUGCUUCACAACGCCGGCUACCGUGUGUACACGCUGGGAGUCGUGUGGAUGAUCAUGGGUUUCCCACUGCCGCAUGUCUUCCUGGUGCCCUACGCCACGUGGCAUGGGGUGGAUGAGCACAGGGCGGCCCUGCUCAUCUCCAUCAUCGGCUUCAGCAACAUCUUUCUGCGGCCCAUGGCUGGGCUGGUGGCGGGCCGGCAGGACUUUGCCAGUCACCGCAAGUACCUGUUCAGCUUGGCAACCCUGCUCAAUGGGCUCACCAACCUAGUGUGCACAGUGUCAGCCGACUUCCGGGUGCUGGUGGGCUACUGCCUGGUGUACAGCGUGUCCAUGAGUGGCAUUGGUGCCCUCCUCUUCCAGGUCCUCAUGGACAUUGUCCCCAUGGAUCGGUUCCCCAGUGCCCUGGGCCUCUUCACCAUCCUGGAAAGCAUCUCCAUCCUCAUCUCCCCUCCACUGGCUGGACUCCUCCUGGACACCACCAACAAUUUCAGCUACGUUUUCUAUAUGUCAAGUUUCUUCCUUGUCUCAGCCGCCCUCUUCAUGAGUGGCAGUUUCUGCGCCCUGAGGAAGAAGGAGAGGCAGAGCCGGCAGGUGCAGGCAGAAGGAGCCGUCACGGAGGCUGCCCCAGAGGGGACCCUCAUUGUGGAAGACACAGACAGUUCCGAGAAGCGGCUGCACACAGAGAUCAUGUACGUGACCAGUGUCUGAUCCCUGGGGUCACUCACAAAUGUGAGCAGCAUCUGAGCCCUGAAGUCAGUGACGACUGCCUCUGCCCAGGAAUGGGAUCUGGCUGCUUCGCCAGGGGCCGGGGUGAAGGGCUGCCCAGGAAGCCUGAACCAGAGGCUCUGCUCUGCACACUGGGACUCAGCUGGGAGCUGGGACCUUAGGGGCUGGCUUCCAAAGACUCAGGGUUCCUUCCAACUAGCAGAAUCCAGGAGCGGGUCCUCCUGACAUUUUUUCCUUGGGUACCAUGGUACCUGGGGCCCAGGAAGGUGGGUCUCAGACCAUCUCGGGUCUGUCAUGGCCAGCUUGGCUCGGCUGGCUGCUACUGCUGCUGCUACAGUCAACACACUGGACCCUCAGGUCUGGCCUGGGUGCCCCCCAUGUUAUCUCUUUGUCCUUCCCCACCCUCCAGACAGUUUCAAAGAGCUCAACCCUCCUCUGAGUCCCUCCUGACCCGCUUCUUCCCUUGCCUAGCCUCCUACUGACUGGAACCUGGGGAAGAAGGGCCUUGUGAGAGAAUGAGUCAUGGCCUGUGGUGGUGGAGGGCCAGGCUGAGGGGUUAGCCUGGAGGCAGGCCCGGGACAGAUUAAAUGUCGGGUGGAGUACCCGU